CACAAACUUUAUAAUUUUUUUGUCAAGUUUUAUCAAGUGAAUGUACACGUAAAUAUAUUCCAGUAUCCAUGAGUUCUGUAUAACAGAAUUUUGAAUGUAAAACAAGCAUAGAUUUAUAUAUUGCGUAGAAAAGAUUUAAUACAAAUAACUCGUAAAAUGUCACGUCCAAAGGUUCUCAUCACUCGAGGAGAUAUUCCAGCUUCAGGAUACUCUUUAUUAAACGAAAAGUGUGACUUGGUAGUAUGGAAAAACACAUCACCCAUUCCUAGAAAUGAACUUAUUUCCAUGAUCAAAGGAGUUGAUGGUGUUUUUUGUCUUUUGACUGACAAAAUAGAUGAAGAAGUAAUUAAUUCAGCUGGUCCUAAUUUAAAAGUAGUUGCAACAAUGUCAGUUGGAUUGGAUCAUCUUGAUUUGAAAACUUUAAAAAAUAAAAAUAUCCAUGUUGGAUAUACUCCGGACGUUUUAACAGAUGCAACAGCAGAACUGACUGUAGCAUUACUUUUAGCAACAUCUCGGAGAAUAAUUGAAGCUGAAAAAGCUCUUAGAGCAGGAGAAUGGAAAGCUUGGUCACCAAUUUGGAUGUGUGGACCAGGUCUAGCAGGGUCCACAAUUGGAAUUGUUGGAUUAGGUCGUAUUGGAGCUAGAAUAGGUGAAUAUUUAAAACCUUUCCGUACUUCAAGGAUUCUAUAUUCCAGUAGAUCUGAGAAAUUAGAAGCUGAAAAAUUUGGUGGAGAAAAAAUGUCAUUAGAUAAAUUGUUAGAAGAAAGUGACUUUGUGAUUGUAACUAUUGCUUUAACUCCUGAGACAAAAGGAAUGUUCAAUGCUGAAAAGUUUAAAAAAAUGAAGAAAAAUGCAAUAUUUAUUAAUGUAAGUCGAGGAGAGAUAGUCAAUCAACCAGAUUUAAUUGAAGCACUAAAAAACAAGGAAAUUAAAGCUGCCGGACUUGAUGUUAUGACUCCUGAACCUAUUCCAUUAGAUCAUGAGUUAUUAAAACUUGAAAACUGUGUUCUUCUUCCACAUAUUGGCAGUGCCUCCAUUGAAGUUCGAGAACAAAUGUCAAUAAUAACAGCAAAUAAUAUUUUAGCUGUCAUCAACGGUAAACCUGAUACAAUGCCAGCUCCACUAAGAUUAUAAGCAUUAUAUAUUCAUCAAUGAAUUCAAUAAAUAAUAAACUAUCUUUUAAUUAUUUGUAUUAAAAUAA